AAUUAAGUUCACCUGGUGAAACUCCAUUAUCUUCACGGAUUUAUACCAAAACAUUAAAGUUGGUAAUUCUAAACGUGAAAAGUCGUCAGCGAAGAAACUGAAGAUGCUUAAAUGCAACAGAACGUGCCGAGAAGGCAAUCGUAAUGGGAAAUUAUCAAAUGGGUAAAAGACCAGAAGGAAUUUGGUGGUGACCAAUAUGGAUUUUGGCUGCAGAUGUUUCCGAUACAUACCACCAAUAAUCCCAUCAAUCAAAUAGUGCCAGUUAUUAAAAAACGGUGAUUCAAAAGCCAUGAAUGAGUCAUGGAAAGCGCUGGUAUCCAGGCAGUUUCGUCGCGAAAUAAGCUGACAACAUAUCCACGAAUAGUGCAAAUUCGAGUGUCUGCAAAUCCAUGCCAGGUCGACGGAAAACGGAGCCGAGAAAGGUUCUUAGUGUAGAAUACUUCAGUUUCAAUUUGCUACAAACUCCUCGGAAUGGGCAGCCCCAUUAAGGACUUUUACGGGGCGAAGAAUGUGUUGCUCACAGGAGGAACUGGAUAUAUUGGAAAAAUGAUCAUUGCCAAGCUCUUGCGAACUACGGAGGUGAAAAAUAUUUACUUGAUUGUUAGACCAAAGGAGGAUGUUGGCAUCGAUAAACGCGUCACCAAAAUGUUUGAAGAACAGGUUUUUCUUCAUAUCCCUGAGGCAACAUUUCAGGACAAACUACAUCCAAUUGAAGGGGACCUGAAAAACAAGUCUCUGGGAAUAGCAAAGGAAGACCAGAUAUUUUUGCGAGAAAAUAUUAACAUAGUUUUCCAUUGCGGUGCCUCAUUAAACAUGGACUCAAAGUUGAUGGAUGCGGUAAUGACCAAUGUAAACGGUACAGCGGAAAUUCUGGAAAUUAUGAAAGGAGCAAAAUGCCUUCAGGCAUUUAUUCUGGUAUCCACUGCAUACUCCAACUGUUUGAACAGGGUAAUUGAAGAAAAAUUCUACGAACCACCGAUCGAUCCAAAGUUACUAAUUCGAAUUACUAAGGAGAUGCGGCCUGAGCUUCUCCAUAAUAUAAGCCGAGGGAUAAUGGGGAAAUGGCCAAACACGUAUUCAUUUACCAAAGCGGUUGCAGAACACCUUCUCAUUUCCGAAGGAAGAAACUUGCCGGUAGCCUUAUUUCGUCCAACCAUAGUAACAGCCACAGUGUCUGAUCCAGUGCCAGGUUGGGCAGACAACCUCUAUGGGCCUUUGGGCAUUCUUCUAUCCUCCAACUGUGGAAUUCUGCGUGUAAUUCGUGGAAAUCCCCGGGUUAAAGCCGAUACCGUACCCGGCGAUCUGGUUAUCAAUGGGCUAUUGUGCUAUGCUUGGGAAGUAGCCACUCAAUGGAAGAAUUCUCCUAGCUACCACCCUCCAGUCAUCAACUUCUCUGGCAACGACAGCCCUCUAUACAUAUCCAUCCGGGAAUACACUACAACAGCCGAAAAAUCUGGCUUCGUGCCCUUUAAAAAAACCAUCUGGAAGCCCAUGUUGCUGAUCGUCCAGAAUAAAUGGAUUUUUCUCUGUGCUAAGCACUUGUUGCAUACCAUUCCUGCCUACCUGCUCGACUGGCUUCUUUUAAUUACUGGACGAAAACCACGAAUGCGAAAGAUUUAUUCGAAACUCGACAAGGUAAUGGCAGUAUUGCAUUACUUUCUGGUCCACGAGUGGGUCAUAAAGAACGAAAAUGUAAAAGCCCUAUGGGAAAAGCUCGGACCGAACGAUCGGAUUACUUAUAACUUCGACUUUACUGGCAUCAAGACAGAAAGUUAUUUAAGGAAUCUCAUGGUAGGUUUGAAAAAAUACACUCUUAAAGAGGAUAUGACGAAAGCGGAGCUACACAAGGCCAGAUAUCACCGGCUAGACACUCUCGAGUGCCCCUCCAGCAACAUCAUCACAUCCCGAUACCAAUGCAACGUUAAAGGAAAAUGGGUGGACUGCACCCGGAAGCAUUGCUGCAAUGACUUCACUUUUAUCAAUGGCAGAUGUAUGCCCAAAGACGAAGAUCCUUGCAAAUUGGGCUUAUGCGAACAGCGUUGUAGCGUCUACCUACAACGAGUGAUCUGCACAUGCUUCGAAGGAUACAAAUUCAGUGCGGAAAACCAAAGACGAGGAAUCAAACCUGUGUGUGUAGACAUAGACGAAUGCGAGGACCGAAACGGAGACUGCGAACACAGGUGCAGGAACGAGAUAGGCGGUUAUCGUUGUUCCUGCGACGAAGGAUAUAUCUUAAGGGCAGACAACAGGACCUGUGAAAAACCGACCGACAAUGGCAGGAAUAACGGGGACAUGGAGGAGAGAUUGGGGAGCGCGAUGGCGGCCCAUUCAAACCGAUGCUUUGCAAACUGCGAAAGUCUCGUCAGGUUGAACGAAAAACUCAAAAACUUGCAGGAAAAGGUUUCAGCUUUGAGCACAGCCAUUCGAUUGUCGAGCUUUGCUUCCGGACCACCGGGACCCAUCGGACCGCCUGGACCGCCUGGGCCUGCUGGACCUAGAGGAUUUCCAGGAGUGGAAUCUAACAGCAUAUCCAGCUCACAAUCUCAUCUUGAUUACACCUAUUCGAUGUUAGACGCGUUCGUGCCACUUUCAGACGAAGAAAACGCACAAUGCAAAUGUAAACGAGGCGCUCAGGGGCAAGAAGGGCCGCGAGGGCCCUCAGGUCAAAAAGGCGAACAGGGAGAAAGGGGGUUGCGUGGUCCCAAAGGAGACCGAGGAUCCUUCGAUUUCCUGUUACUAAUGUUGGCUGAUGUGCGUCACGACAUAGUCCAUUUACAGAAAAAGGUUUUCGUAGGCGAGAGGCCGCCGAAGUUUGACUUUGACUACGCUCUUUCAAAAAAGAAAGUCAAACACAAGCACAGAAUCCUCCAGAAGCAAAAGCUGCUAGAAGCUUAUGUGAAUCCAUUGGUGGAAGCGACGAAAAAACCUGAACCAGCAUCCAGAGUGGCUCAGGCAGAGGCCCAAGCAACCACCGAACGAGCGAUUAAAGUUUCCACAGUGCCUUUGACUGCUGAUAUUGAAGAGUUUCGAGACUUUGAUAUGUCGAAUCUAGACGACCAUUUGGAAAACUAUGACUGGUCGGGAGAGGAAAUGACCGAUGAAGACUACUUUUAAACCACCCAUAGUGUAUCGAUUAUUUAGUAGAUCAAUAAAACAUUGUUUUGUA